AUGACUGGGCGCAGCGACAUGGAGCCGCCCGCAGCUUUCUCGGGCUUUCCGGCCCCGCCCUCGGUCGCGCCGUCGGGGCCGCCGCCGUCGCCGCUCGCCGGAGCCGAGCCCGGGCCGGAGCCCGAGGACGCAGCGGCGGGCCGCGGGGAGCCGGAGCCCGCGCCGGCGCCCGGGCCGGGCCGGCGGCGGCGGCGGCCCCUGCAGCGCGGGAAGCCUCCCUACUCUUACAUCGCGCUCAUCGCCAUGGCGCUGGCGCACGCCCCGGGCCGCCGCCUCACGCUGGCCGCCAUCUACCGCUUCAUCACCGAGCGCUUCGCCUUCUACCGCGACAGCCCGCGCAAGUGGCAGAACAGCAUCCGCCACAACCUCACGCUCAACGACUGCUUCGUCAAGGUGCCCCGCGAGCCGGGCAACCCGGGCAAGGGCAACUACUGGACGCUCGACCCGGCGGCCGCCGACAUGUUCGACCACGGCAGCUUCCUGCGGCGCCGCAAGCGCUUCAAGCGCGCCGAGCUGCCCGUGCUCCCGGCCCCGCCGCCGGCCGCCGGCCCGCCGCCCUUCCCCUACGCGCCCUACGCGCCCGGCCCAGGGCCCGCGCUGCUCGCGCCGCCGCCCCCCGCCGCCCCCGGCUCCGCGCCGCCCGCGCGCCUCUUCAGCGUCGACAGCCUGGUGAGCCUGCCGCCCGAGCUGGCGGGGCUGGGCGCCCCCGAGCCGCCCUGCUGCGCGGCCCCCGACGCCGCCUUCUCGCCCUGCACCGCCUCCCCGCCGCUCUACUCACCGCCGCCCGACCGCCUGGGGCUGCCCGCGACGCGCCCCGGCCCCGGCCCGCUGCCAGCCGAGCCGCUGCUGGCCUUGGCAGGGCCGGGAACCGCGCUCGGCCCCCUCGGCCCGGGGGAGGCCUACCUGCGGCCGCCGGGCUACGCGCCUGGGUUGGAGCGCUACCUGUGA